AUGCAGCCGAACGCGAGUAUCCUGCUGUACAGACGCUGCGCGCGCAGCUGCAUCUCUCAUGCUCGUGGAGAUGCGAAGAGAGAAGCUGCCUGUAUCAGCUUGUCAAACGCGCAGCAAGGCGCUCGGCGCGGAGAGUUCAGAGAGCGCACCAAAAAAAGCCGAAAGAGCGGAGAAAUCAACUUGCUGAGCUCGAAGAAACGUGAACAGGAGGACGAACCGCGCGCCUCUCCCUUCGACGCUCGACAGCACCAUCACCUGACACCAAGUGAAGGCCGGCGCACAGCUCUCGCUCACGAAACGUAUGGACAAGACGACAACAAAGAAAAACAAAGAAGCCAGACAGGAGGAAAAGGCGCUGCAAGGCGAGGGAUGGUGCAAAAGGCCGCACACGACAACGAAGAGGCUGUGCUCAAGGAAACGCGGAGGACGACGCGGGUCACGCCGAGGCUCAGCCGCCAGCGCGAGCACGCUGCCUGA